UAGAAAACGUUAGACCAAUAUUUCAGAUGUUGAGAAUAUUUGGAAGAUUCCCAUAUAGCAUCUCAGAAAAUGAGAUCCAACCAUUUUCUAAGACUUCUCCAAUUACAGUGUAUUGCAUUCUUCUAUAUUUUGUUUCUUUAUAUAUGGUAAGCAUAGGGCUGCAACCAUUAACUCACAAAUUAGCCACUUCCAAAAGCUACAAGGAUUCCCUAAUGACCUUCCUGGCGAUAUCGUAUCUUAUACAUUAUCCACUAAUACCUCUGACUGAUUGGUUGUUAGCUCCUACAUUGAUAAAGUACAUCAAUUUAUGGCAGUUAUAUGAGAGCCAGUUCAAGAAAGAGUCCGUGAGUUUUCCUAGUAAAUAUUUGAUCCCAUUUCUGAGUUACUGCACCUGGCCGCUAUCAAUUUACUUUGUCUUUUAUGGUGGAUAUGAAGUUUGUGGCAACAGUUUUUUUAUUUGUAUGAUGUACUUUCCAAUUUUAUAUGGCUUGUAUCAGUAUGGGCUGCUGUGGGCAGUUUGCCAUUCACAUUUAGUAAGGCAAAUUAGAAAGUUGAAAGAAAUAGUGAUAUCGGAAGGUCUGCAGAACAGGGUGGAGCGGACGAGGAAGUGCUGGCUCCUCCUCAGCGAGCUGGUAUCUUCUACUGGUUACUCCAUCGGAAUGGUGUUGACAUCAAUUGGUAUGACGGCCUUCAUGGCCCUCAUCAUCUGCAGCUACAUCUUCUUCACUUCUAUCUUAGACCCAGAGGGUCCUAUCGAAUGGUGGAUGGGCUCCAUAUUGCUCACGAAUGGACUGAUCUUCUUCUUCAUCUUUGACUACGCUCAUAAAACUACUAAGGAGGUGGGAACAAAUUUUUACUCGGUCGUAUUUGAUCAGAAAUUUUCACAGUUGGAUGAGGAAAAUUUGAAUCAAUUGGUUCUUCUCUUAACUACUUUCAGUUUGCAUCAACCGACUGUAAAGUUCGCGGGGUUAUCGGUUGGCAACAGACAGUUGUUUGUGAGUUUGCUUUGCAACACUUUGACAUACUUAAUAGUAUUGGUCCAAUUUAAGACUUAAAGGAUACGGAAGAACGUUUUAGUUGUCAGUUUCUUAGGGAAUGUUAUACAUUAAAGCAUAUAAUUAUAUUAAUGUAUGGAAUAAAAACUUUUUAAC